AGAUGAGAUGGGUUAGCAUUAACAUUCCUCUGUAUUGCUUAAAGCUUCUCUUGUGAAAGAAAAAGCAAAACAGCCAGGCAGAGUCAUUCUCCAGACGUUUUGAGACAGACUGACUGACGACGGCUCCUCCUGGUUCUGAACUGUGUUCUUGUCCCAAAGGAGAAAUGUUUCUUUCACUGAUAGUUGCCGUGUAGCUGGGCAUUUUUCCCAACAUGAAGACCCUUGAACUCUUCAUUCUGAUAGAAAUUGUGGGCUCCUUUCCUGCUUUUUUAAGAGCUUCUCCAGUCCACUGCAGCUGGAAUCCAUUUGGUCCUUGGUCAGAAUGUGACGGCUGUACUAAGACUCAGAUUCGCAGAAGGACCAUAGCAGUUUAUGGGCAGUUUGGAGGACAUCCAUGUUUGGGGAAUUCAUUUGAAUCCCGCCCGUGUGUUCCUACAAGAGGGUGUCCAACCGAAGACGGAUGUGGUGAUCGUUUUAGAUGUUCAUCGGGUCAGUGCAUUAGCAAAUCCUUGGUGUGCAAUGGAGAUCAUGACUGUGAGGAAGAUGGUGCUGAUGAAGAUCAAUGUGAAGAGAUCAAGAUGGUGUGUGAAAACAUUAAACCACCCCUUAAGCCACCUCCUAAUGUAGAGCUUACAGGAGCAGGCUUUGAUGCUCUUACGGGUGAGAGCAGAGGUGGAGUCAUCCAUACAAAGAGUUUUGGUGGCCAAUGCAGAAAGGUGUUCAGCGGGGACCAGAGAGAAUAUUAUCGGCUGAGUGACAGUGUCCUUGCUUACACAUUCCAGGUGACCGUUCAGAAUGACUUCAGCACUGAGUUUUACAACAGUAGCUGGGCUUAUAUGAAACAUACAGAGAAUCGUGAAACUGGAAACAAUUACCACCGGUACACGACAGCUAAAUGUGAAGAAAGCAGUUCAAAGAGUAACCUACUUAUGGUUAUCGAAAACAAUGUAGAAGUUGCUCAGUUCAUCAAUAAACAGCCAGAAUUUCUAAAUCUUGCUGAGCCCUUCUGGAAAGAGCUUGCUAACCUUCCAGCCUUCUAUGAAUACAAUGCAUACCGAAGACUAAUUGAACGGUUUGGAACGCAUUUCCUGCACUCUGGAUCUUUGGGAGGAUAUUACAAAGUUCUUUUUCAUGUCGAUACAGAUAGUACGAAAGCAAAAGGUUUGAGCAUGACAGACAUGCACAAAUGCAGCACGUCAGGCUGGAAUUUUUGGUUCGUAAAGAAGAAGAAAACGGAAUGCCACAAACUGGAUGAACUCCUUGAGCACUCAUCAGGUGCCAGCAGCAAUCAGAUCAAAGCUGACCCAUUUGUACAGGGAGGGAGUCCAGCAGCUGUAGCUGGCCUAAGCUACUUCAACAUACACAAUCCUGUGACAAAUACUCAGCAAUAUGCCUUUUGGGCCAGAUCGGUGUCCCAUUUACCCAGUGUAAUAAAGCAAAAGCUCACACCACUAUAUGAGUUGGUGAAGGAAGUACCUUGCGCAUCAGUCAAAAGGCAUCACCUGAAGCAAGCCAUUGAAGAGUACAUGAGUGAAAAUGAUCCUUGCAGAUGCCAGCCAUGUCAAAAUGGUGGUGAACCAGCCAUUGUAGGAACUCAAUGUCUGUGUUUCUGCAAACCAUAUACUUUUGGAGCAGCUUGUGAACUGGGAACUCUUGUACAAGACCAGCCUGGAGUCUUUGAUGGAAGCUGGAGCUGCUGGUCCUCUUGGAGUUCUUGUACAGGAGGAAGGAAAUUGAGAAGUCGAAGCUGUAACAACCCCUAUCCCAGUGGUGGCGGAAGGUCCUGCAUUGGAGAAGCAGUAGAAAGCCGUCAGUGUGAGGAUGAGGAGUUGCAACAUUUUCGUUCAAUAGAACCACACUGUUUUGAUGUGUCUGCAUUUGGCACAGAAUCCUGCCCAUCACCUCCUCCCUUGGAAAAUGGAUACGUUCAAGAUGCUGAUUCAUCAUAUCCUGUGGGGAAAAGCAUCAUGUACACCUGUAAUAAUGGAUAUGCUCUUGUGGGGGACUCUGUUGCUACAUGCGGUGAAGGCUUCAAUUGGAUUGUUGGACAGAUGAGCUGCCAGAAAAUAGCUUGUGUCUUACCUGCAUUGGAAGGAGGACUGAGAGGAGACCCAGUGAAACCUUCAUAUCAAAUUGGAGAGAAAGUAAAACUGUCCUGCCCAGAUGGCAUGCAGCUGGAAGGAGCAGCUUACCUUUUGUGUGAACCUAGCCUGAAAUGGUCUCCUAAUGUCAAUGACAUCCAGUGCCAGAGGAGAGUUCCCAGCAUGGCUAAUACUGAACCUGUUGGACCUGAAUGCCAACCGUGGGAGAAAGUCCAACAGACAAAAUGUGUGUGUAAGAUGCCAUAUGAAUGUGGCUCUUCCCUGGACAUCUGUGCUACAGACCAAAGAACCAAGAAAAGCACGUGGCUGACUGUCUGUAAGCUACAUGCCCUUGAGUGCAUGGGGAGGCAGUAUGCGUUGGUCAGCAAGGAAAACUGCAGGACUCCUGCUGCAUCUCCUAAGCCUUGUGGCUCGUGCCAGCUGUGGGAGACAUGCCACGAUCCAACCAACCAGUGCACAUGCAAGGAAGCUGGACAAUGCGGUCACUCAGGAAUAAGCAUUUGUGUUGAGGUGGAAGGAAGUGUUGCCCAGCAGACCAUGACUGAAUGCGAGGCUGGCCUCCUCAAGUGCCAGGGCGAGAGCAUCAUUGUUGUCAGCAUAAGACCCUGUGAUGUACAAAAUCCCUAAUAUAUUUUCUUACUGUACUAGGAUAACCACGAUGCGUCAGUAGCAGGAUGGGUUUUACGGUGUGUUGCACACUGUAUUAGGUGCUUGCUGAAAACUUUCUUAUUUCAUCAAGCCUAUCCAGACAUACGAUUGCCAGUGGCAACUGGUGACUCCGAUGUCAGCGGGGCAGUGAAUCAGCUCUAGGUUUUACUCACAGCUUUCAAGGUGAAAGCACCUUGGACAAUUCCUUGGAAGUUUGGACUAAAACCCACAGUGGAUUCAGUGCCCCACUGACAUCAGCACCACCACUCUCCACUGUAAUUUAGCUAUGUAUACCCAUGCUUGUUGAUUAUAUCUGUAUAUUGAUGUGCUUCAUGUUGUUUUACGUACCCCUCUUAGAUAUUUUUUGGUUAAGCAGUUUAUGAAAUGGAAAUGGCCUGCCUUCAACUUGAUUCCAACUUAUGGCGGCCCUAUGAAUAGGGCUUUCAUGGUAAGCGGUAUUCAAAGGGGGUUUAUCAUUGCCUUCCUCUGAGGCUGAGAGGCAGUGAUUGGCCCAGGGUCACCCAGUGAGCUUCAUGGCUAUGUGGGGAUUCGAACCCUGGUGUCCCAGGUUGUAGUUCAACACUCUAACCACUAUGCCACACUGGCUCUCUAAGCAGUCUAUACAUUCUUCUAAAUAAAAUAAUAAUAAUAAUGGAUCAGGGGACUGGGGCUAUUGGGAUUAUUAAAACUAGCAAAAUGACCAUCACUAUGUAGGUCAUACAAGGACAGAAGACGUAUAUUACAGCGAUACCUGACUGCAGCACACACACACCCCAUGCACACAGCUACCUGCCAGAGAGAGGCAGGCCAUGCAGUGUCACAUACAGAGUAGACUUUUUGUAUUGCAAAUGUGUAUCCAAGUGUGGUGCUUUCUUUUUGUGUGUGGGCUGAAUGGCAACCAUUCAUUUGUAUGGGCGGAAUUAAAGGGGUGCAUUUGAGGACACUACAGAUGUGCUGUUAAAUUGCUCUCUGUGCCUGCUGAUCCCACCCAUUGAGAAUCAAACCUCCUCCUAUCUGCUGUGGGAUUUUUUGGAAGGAAGGGUGGGAUACAAAUUUAAUAAAUGAAUGAAUGAAAUAUA